CGCAGAUGUUUAAAGCAUUUUAACAGGAGAUGUAAAGCGAAAGAUGUAAAUACAAGAUUUUAUGAUGUAGUGGAGCUAACACCAAAUAUACGAGAUGGGGACUAUCAAUGUCCUUUGUGUUCUCCAUGUGAUAUUGUGUAUUAUCGGUGUGGAUUAUGUCGCUAAAGCAGAGAAGAUCGGAUAUGACUAUGUUCAGCUCCUUAAACAAAUUCCUGCCAACAUUCCACUCCCGUAUGAAAUCAUUUUUCCAAAGCGUGUCGUAGCCAAAGGAAUGGCAACUGGGAUAUCAACUCGGGAAUCUAAAAUUGGACACCAUGGAACAUAUGAACAUCUGGAUCAAGUGACGUUUCAGCUGGUGGUGGAUGAACAGACCCACAAAAUCAAACUACAGAGAAACAGUGCCUUGUUGUCUAAUGGAAUCAGUGUUAAACAUUUCUUGACCAAAAAUCAACAAAUCAUCUCCAAGACUGUGGAACACUGCUACUAUCAGGGGGAAGUGAAGCGUGACGGAUGGUCAAGCGUAGCCGUCAGCACCUGUAACGGAAUAAGGGGAAUCAUCAACUUGAACAAUGUGACAUACAUCAUUCACCCAUUGCUGGGAGACCUCGGGACCCGACAUCCUCAUUUGGUAUUCAAGGCAACGAAAGAGGUUUUGCAGAAUUGUGGAAAUGAUUUUGGACAGUGGAAACCGUUUGAGCAACUUCACCCCGCAGAAUUCAGACAGAGGGUCAGCUACAUCAGGGCAGUGCAGGCAGAACAACCAGAACAGGAAAAGAAAGUGAGGACGGUCAAGUUGGGACUUAUUCUGGACAGUGUGUCUAUCUCCAAACUAAACCUUUCCCUCCCAGGGACCAUGGAGUAUGCCUUACAGACAGUCAACAUGAUAGAUUUGUAUUACAGAGAUCUAGGGAUCCAGAUGUCCCUGGUUUAUCUGGAACUCUGGAACCGUGGCAACCUGAUGCCUGUCUCCUCCAAUCUCCGAGAAACGUUGAAACAGCUACUCCAAUAUAAGGCUGCUACACUGACAGAUAAACCCCACACCCUGCUUCAUGUUGUCAAAGGAGAACCUCUACAGAGCGGCUCCCUGGGGAUGUCUAUCCCUGACUCGGUGUGCACGGAGCGCGCGGUGGGGGUCAGUCAGAUCCCCUCCUACACAGAGCCCCAGAAACUAGCGACCGUGCUGUCACACAUGGUCGGACACAACCUGGGCCUGAAGCAUGAUGAAGAUGUCGGUGGGCGGUUCGUUUAUCAUCAAGGAGGCUGUUCAUGUGAGGAUGAGUUUGGAUGUAUCAUGUCUACUCAGGUUCUGACAAGAAAUGGAUUACAGUCCCGUAAAUUCUCCUCCUGUAGCCAUGAGGAUCUAGAAGUUGCUCUGAGUGUAGAUGUUGCGUCUUGUCUGGAUGAAGAGGCAGAAAAAGAGGAAACUUUCAGUCAGAACUGUGGGAACUUGAUUGUGGAGCGGGGAGAGGAAUGUGAUUGUGGGUCUCUAGAGCAAUGUGAGAUGUCUGACCCGUGUUGUGACCCCAGCACCUGUCUGCUCAAGUCCUGGGCUCAGUGUAAAAGUGGUUCAUGCUGUCACAACUGUACAUUUUUACCCAAUCACUAUGUGUGUCGGGAACAAUCCACGGAUUGUGAUGUUCCAGAAAUGUGUCCAGGAAAUAGUGGCGAGUGUCCAGCUAAUAACUAUGCCGCUGAUGGCUACCCCUGUGCCAACAACACUGGCUACUGCAUCAGUGGAAUCUGCCCUACCCUCAAGGAGCAGUGCCAGUACAUCUGGGGGGAGGAGUCCAAGGGCGCAGACAUUCAGUGCUUUGAGAAGUUUAACCCCACAGGAAACUUUAAUGGACACUGUGGAAGAGAUGAGAAGACUGGGUGGUUUUCAAAAUGUCAGCCAGAGAACAUUCAGUGUGGACUUCUCCAUUGUGAGGGCGGCAAUAAGCUGCCUUUAUUGAACUUUGACAAGAGUUUCUCCAAAACCACCGUCUUCAGUAAUGGCAAGGAGUAUGACUGCAAAGCAAUCUAUGGACCAGCGGUAAUGUCCCUGCCUCACUUUGGACUUGUACAAGAGGGCACAAAAUGUGGCGUAGGAAAAAUUUGUCGUAAUAAGCAGUGUGUUGCCAUGACUACCAGUCCAAACUUGUUUUGUCCAGGAUCUAAAGGAAAUGCUGCAUGUUCUGGAAAUGGGGUUUGCACUAAGGCUGGCACCUGCUUCUGUCGCCCAGGAAGAACCGGUACCGACUGCUCUAAACCAGCUCCCAUUACCAUGACGACAGGGGUGUGGUCACUGUCCAGCACUCCCAGGACCACUGUCAAACCCAGCCCCACCCUCUCCACCACUACAGAGAGACCGCCGGUCGUGGUUCCCCUAGAGACGGCAGUGACCCCUGACAACCCAGUGCCUGCUGUAUAUGUUGCGGAGGAGGGAGGACUGAGCACGCAGUGGCUAAUGGUGAUACUGGGGGCCGUGGUCCUCAGCCUCGUCUUCUUUCUGGUGUUCACCUUUCUGUGUUACAGAAGGAAGACCCCAGUCAAACUGAGUGGCUCAAAAAGAGGAUUCCUGGGCUUUAACAAGAAAUCAAAGGGAGACAACUCAGAGAGCAAUAAAAACCUGAAGUUUGGAUCCAUGCCCUCCUAUAAGUCGGACGGAUUGUUUGGUAGGAGGAAGAAGAGGUCGCUGGCCAGUGAGGAGGAGAGUGACCUAGAUCUACCUCCUCCACCAAUCAUCGUGUGUGACCCAGACAGUGCCCGACCGGAGAGGGGAAUCCUUAAAAACCUGCAGGUUAAAAUCAGCUCAGACGAGCGACGCUCAAGUAGUUCACAGACAGAGCGCUCAGAGUCUACGUGUGACCAUGAUGACGAGCGUGAGCCUUACGAGGACGAGGACGACGCUGAGGCCACAGAGGUCAGGGACAUACUCAGUCGCCAUGGUAACGACCUGUUUGACCCCGAGAAGUCAAUGGAAAUGUUGGAUCAGUUGGCGGAGGAGACCUCCAGCUUUGAUUUUGUUCUCCCAAACCCUGGACUGGGUGGGAGCAGACCGGAAUCUCCACGAAAACAUCACAUGUAUGACUUCCCGUGCACAGCAGCCAAACGCCCCACACUGUGGAAGAACAGCCCCAAACUGUCACCGCCCAAGUCAAAGAUCGUACGCAUGAACUUCAAUGAACUGAUGCAAGAGAUAGACAGACACCGCACGGUGGAGUUGUCUCCCUCCCCCGACGAGUUCACUGCCCAGGUGUCCCCCACCACAUCGGAGGAGAUCAGGAGUUCUUCCACAGAUGACCCUGCCUACACCGCUGGACCGAGCCCCCAGUCACUGACCAGUAGCAGUACCCGGGGGGACACCUACUUCCCGCUCAGUCACUGGGCCAAGCUAAGCUCCACCCCCCUCUAUGACAUCGACUCCUCCAUGCCUAACUUCCCCCCUCCCAUGUCACCUCUUCACUUACGCAGCAUCAACUUCUCCAACAUGGGAGGAGGAGUACUGGGUCGCGAGUUUAAUGACACACCCAUAGGUAGUCAGAUGGACGGGUGCUCAAUAAACGGCACCACAAACUCGCGGUGCGGGUAUGAGAAGAGUUCUGGGUACGGCAGCGAGCACGACCCUGGGGACAGGUUCAGUCUGGACUCGGGCCCGGGGUCUCGGGCUGGGUCUGCCUCUCCCCCCGCCUACAGUGCAGUGCUUCGUAGCGGACCUCACCAGAUCAAGCUACUUCCUGUGCGUAGACUUCAGGAGAGUGGAUUGGACGACCACCAGAGUCUACAGCGACUUCUCCGUGAACUCCCUAGGAUCGACGCAGGUGCCUACGAACGGAGCCCCUUAAUCAGCAACAACAAGCACGGGCCAGAGGAAGAGGCGGGCAAAUGUCAGUCUUAUGUGAAGGAGGACUCCAGUGUUACGAAGGAGGACAGCCCUCUCCUCACAAACUCUGACACAUCUUAUGUAGGUCACAGUGGCAUCAAUAACUCAGAGGAGAGGUUCCCUCUGAUUGGCUACUCAAAAGAUAUGGCCGAAAAAUUAGGUCAAUUUAUUCAAAGAGAGGCCUCGGAUAAUUCUCACAUGUUUGACAAUCAGAAGGACUCUGCUUUCCAGAAAAUGAGUAAAAGCAGUGAAUGUCAAGGUCAUACGAAUGACCUUGACAUGGACAGUGGUCCGUGUAUUGACUGCAGUCUGGAGUCGAUUCCCCACACGCUGAAACAGUGCAAGAAGCAGGGGCGGAGGAAGGCGGAGCAGACACGCAAUAUUGUAGACAGUCCAAACUCUGUCGCUAUGACAACAUGAAUACCAACUGUGUGCCGUUGAAACAUUCGAUUUCAAGAAGUUUAAUUUCCUGGAGGAAGUAUCUUACUGUAUUAGAGCAUGUUAGAUCUCAUUGUUUUAUUUAUUCUAGAUUUGAUCAUAUUUUUUGUUGUUGACAUUUUAUUAACCUACACCUGUAGUGAAUCAGCUGGUUUGUGUGUUUUUUUGUGAAUUUUGUAGGCGUUUAUUUUUUAAGUUUAAUUUACUGGUUGUGAGACCAAAUUUUUAAGUAUUAUUUUUGACACCAUUGCAAGCUUUUAUUUUAUACAUUUCAUUUUGAAAAAAAAAUGUAUUUUAUCAUUUUAUUUCAUUGUUUAUAUCUUUACGUAGGACAGAUGGGAGAUAAUGUGCAAUAUGUAUGUCUUUAAUCAAAUCUAAAUAUACAAAACAGAAUUUACUAUUGGAAUAUAUUUUUAUUUUAAACAGGAGGAUUUGUGAUUUAUUUAAUUUGCAUACUAUUUACCAAUCAUAUAGCUUCUAAAAUAAUAAUUAUUACCAUACAUUCUAUUGCUAUGUUUUAAUUAUGCAAUUUCUACAAUCAAUUUUUGGUAUGUUAUAUUUGGAGGCAUUUUUUUCUUGUCUUUUAUGAAGAACUAUUGUACAGUAGUUGUCAUAUUUUCAUUCAGCCUUUGUUUUCUCUCCUCUGUUCGUUUGAAAUGUCCCGAUGUAAGGCUAAGUUCCGUUAAGCUAUUUAAUGUGUGUGUACAUGUAUAAUGUCAUCAUUUGUAUAUCUCCACAGUCUCCAUUACAUGAAUCAUUUCAUCUAUAGCUAUACUAUGUGUAAUUGUUAAUCAUUUUGUCUAUAGCUAUACAUAUACUAUGUGUAAAUGUAAGGCCUUUAUGUUGUAUAUACUGUAUUUAUGCAAUGUAUAUAGUGAAAAUGGUUCUAGCAAAGUGAACUUCAAUUUAAUAGCCGACAUUGAACGUUUACAGUGAAAAUUUCUAAGCUGACUCUUAGUUAUCCUAUAUCCAGAUAAGGCAAUCUCGGUAUUUGUACCAACUGGAUUUUUCUGGGGUGCUAUUUUUGGCUUAAUUUUUCAGUUUAGUAUCAUACAUGAAAUUCAUUUGCACAAGUCUAGAGUAGAUUUAGCUGGGUCCGAUUUGUGAAGUUUUUAUCAGUUUACAUUGCUUGGUGUGUGUGUUUUUAUGUACUUGUACCAGAACAAUGUCAUUCAUGAAGAAGAUGGUAUUCCUCCAACAUUUAAUGGCUUCUGUGUAUUUCUUUACAUUUUGUAGGUCGGAGUUUGAGCAAUUCCUGACCCUGAUAUGAUAAGGUUGUUUUUAUACGUUAUUCUUAUAACACUUCCAUUGUGUGUUUUCUUGUUCUUUUGCCUACACACGAUUUGGUGCUUGUUGCUUUCUGAUUUUGUUACCAUGUAAAUGCAGAUUUUUAGUCACAAAAUAUGUGAUGUAAAUUUAAUCUCAGAGAUGCCAUGUUUUUUUUAAUCUCACAAAUAAUUGAUGUAGUUUUUUUAGUCUCAGAGUUGAGAUGUAAUUUUUGUCUCAGAGAUGCCAUGUUAUCUUAGAACCGUAUUCAAGAUGUUUACAAUCAUUUUGUCAGAAAUCUGAAGAGUUCAGACUUGCCCUGUGUGUUGUGAAAAGAGACAAUAUCCACACUGUAUUCUGACUAUGUAGUCUUGUGUUGAAACCAUUGCUAUGUGUGUCUAAUAUGUGUGAUGCUAUCAAGUACAAUUUCUUGUAAGUAUAAUAAGAUGGAGUCUUAUUCUAACAACAAUACUUCAAGUAUAUAGAAGGUUAUUGGUAUUUUUGCCGGAGUUAUUUUCAACAAAUUACACCUGUCAAAGAUUUGUCAAGUUUUAAAUAUCAAGUAAUUGUUCAUAGACUUGUAUUGUCAUUUAAAUUAGCCCAUCUUAAAUUAGCUUUUUGACUUGGAAGCAACAUUAACUUUGAAAGGGGUGGGGAUUCCCCUGCUUACAAUAACUGGUUAUGUACACAGCUUUCAUUGCAGGAGUUUGUGAAAAGUUCUGAUAGCUUUGUAUUCUGUGAGGAUGAACUCGAAACAGUGUCUUUGUAAUCAUUGCUGUAAAAAGCUUUGUAUUCAGUAGUCAGAUCUUGACCACUUUUAAUAAAGUUGGCUGUCUCAUGUAAACCAUGACAUUUUGAUAUGUACUUGUAUGAUAACUGAUGUUUACAGUAAAUCUGUUAUAGUCUUUA